AUGUUUUGGUGCAGAAGUUUUGUCUGUCCGGGAAGAAGGGUUUUGACUUUUGUAAAUAGAAGUCUCUUUGUUCAGUGUUCUCCGCUAUGUGGAAGUUUCAAUCGACGGUCCGAGAACCUAUGGAUUUGCAGAAUUCUUAGUAAAUUGUCACCAAGUGACAAAAUGCUCCUGUAUCAAGAAUUAUCCAAGUGCAUCACAGAGAAACCGGACUCCUCAGUGAGUACACAACAAGUUGAGGUAGCCCAUUUGACAUAUGCGCAGCUUAAGUGCAUUUUUAUAGGCAACUGUCUCCCGUUCAUAGGAUUUGGUUUCCUGGAUAAUGCAAUUAUGAUAGUGGCUGGAGAGUAUAUUGACGUGCAAUUCGCAACAUUCUUGGGCAUUUCGACAAUGGCUGCUGCCGGUCUAGGAAAUCUUGUUUCCGAUCUUUUUGGCAUAGGGCUCGUCGGCUACGUUGAAAAGUUCAUGGAAAAAAUUGGCAUUUCUGUUCCCCCAUUGUCUGCAUCCCAACUAGCCAGCAGUUCAGUUCGUUGGUCUAUAGCAAUAGGACGGAUCGUCGGCAUUACUACUGGUUGUCUUCUAGGUUUAUUGCCUCUUGUUUUGUUCAGUUGGUGA